UGCCACAUUUCUCACCAUCCAAAACAAACAUUCCUCUCUUAUCUCUAGCUAUAUAAUAAACUUUUCCUGUUUCCACUCAUCGAUAUCUAACGCUUUAGUCUUGCAAUUGAUAUAUAAUUAUCAUCCAAAACAUGUCACCAACAAACAACACUUUUGCAAUUUUUGUCAUCUUCUGCUGUGCCAUAUCCUUUGCCUUCGCUUCUGACCCUGACACACUUCAAGACCUUUGUGUGGCACUUCCCUCUUCAGGUGUGAAGGUGAAUGGAUUUGCUUGCAAGGCUGAGUCAAAUGUAACAGAAGCUGAUUUCUUCUUUGCUGGUUUAGCCAAGCCUGGAGCUACCAACAACACAUUGGGAUCUGUAGUUACUGCAGCCAAUGUGGAUAAAAUUCCAGGACUCAACACAUUGGGAGUGUCAUUCUCAAGAAUAGACUACAAAGCUGGGGGACUUAACCCACCUCACACACACCCUCGAGCCACUGAGAUUGUGUUUGUGUUGGAUGGACAACUAGAUGUUGGAUUCAUCACCACAGCCAACAAACUCAUCUCAAAGUCCAUUAAUAAGGGUGAAAUCUUUGUGUUCCCAAAAGGUUUGGUGCACUAUCAGAAGAACAAUGGGGAUAAGCCUGCUUCUGUGCUUUCUGCCUUCAACAGCCAACUCCCUGGCACAGUGUCUAUAGCUGCAACUCUUUUCACCUCAACACCAACUGUGCCUCGUAAUGUUCUUUCUCAGGCCUUCCAGAUUGAUGCUAAACUGGUUGAUGACAUCAAGGCCAAGCUUGCUCCUAAGAAGACUUAAUUUAUGUUGAGCUUAUGAUAUUCCAGAGAGGAAGAUUAUGAUAAUAGUUUCAUAAUUAAGACUACUUUCCUAUAUUUUUCCUAUAAUUCUUGAAGGGUUAUGAUUCAUUGUAUCAGUUACCGUGUUGCAUUUUGCUCAUUGAUAUUACGUCGAGAAUAAUGAUGUAAUUGUAUCGUGGAUUAUGGUACAUGUUAAGAGUAAUAUAAAUUCUAUGAAGUAGAAGCUGUCACCUUUUAUCUGGGUAUUUUCAUUUCUUUGGUUUUGUGGUCAUAGAUGUUGUAAACACAGCAUAAAGGUUGGAUCUUUACCA